GUUCUACAAUACGUACGAUUUAAUAGUAUGUAUUUCAAAAAGUAUAUAUGAAUGAUGUCGGGAAAUGACGAGAUUCAUCAUGUCGUGCAGAACAAUGAAAAGAAUGUAUAAGUAGUGAUAUGGUUUUUGACUUUUGUAAUGUUCAAUCCAACGAGUGAACACAAAGACGAUGAAUUGGAAGAUGUGCUAAACUGAAUUACACGUUUUUUAAAUGCGGGCAUGAUUUUGUUUCAAUACAAUAAUAAUGGAGGCGACUCAUUGGUCACCUUUUAUCUAAAGAUUACAGGACAUUAUCUGUUGAGGAAACCAUUUGAUAGCAGCAUCAGAUGCAAUAUGUACUAAUAAAUGACAAUGCAGAGAGUAUGCAGAGAUUUAAAAUAUAACUGCAUUUGAAACAAUUACUUAAACAUAGGCCGGUAUUCAGAGUCGUUACUUGUUCUUAAGUUUAUAAAUUGCAGCAUGUGGUAUAUUGUAAUUCAACUUGUAUAUUCAUUAUCCGGUAUUACGUAAAUUUUUAAAAUAAGUGCUACCUCAAACAUUCACCCAUGAAUGAUUGCUCCACUUUUUUGGUAUAUCGCGUAACAGUCAUCAUCAUCAUUAUUCCGUUUUAGAAUCGACUUUUAUCGACGAAUCCGAUUGAUCGAUACACUUCGGUGUAUAUGUGUGUGUGAUGAAAUGCACUCGGAUGACAGCGCGUAUACUGACGCGGCUAAGAAUAUUUAAGGUUUACGAUUUAAACAAGGUGAUGGGACCGUAGUUUGAAAGUUACGAGAAGGAACUCGAGUAACAUGUUUGCGUAUUUUCACGGGAGAUGGUUUUAUGAGUGCGCCAUCGUCCUGUCCUUCAGCCUUCGUUAUUGCUUGUUACAUACAAGUUGAGUACAUCAGGUGCAUGGCGGCUUGUGAGUGCACCAAAGGCGAGACGCGUGGGAAGAUCUGGGAAACGCGAGAAGCUGCGUUUAAAAAGAAACAGGUGUAAGAGGAUCAGAAGUGUAUAAGCGCGUCGAAAACUGAAAUCACGAUGGACGAGUGUAUGCUGAACGAUCUGCUGGAAUGCUCGGUGUGUCUCGAACGGUUGGAUACAUCGAGUAAAGUACUUCCCUGUCAGCAUACCUUUUGCAAGAAAUGCUUGGAAGAGAUAGUUGGCACGCAUCGUGAGCUCCGUUGUCCCGAGUGUCGAAUUCUGGUCGACGCUAAAGUGGACGAUUUACCUCCUAACGUGUUGCUGAUGCGCAUCUUGGAAGGAAUGCGCAAUGCAACUCCUAAACCGAUAAAAUCUGUAACUAAAACCAACUCGGGACCUCAGAGACUCUUCGGUGGCCAUCAAGUUACUUCAGCUCCUAUCGUAACUACUAGUCCUAGUCCUGCCGCGCAUACCAACGAGCCAGUUCGCCAUGCGAACGCUAUGGCUAAACAGAUUCAGCUUCAUAAUCAGACGUACGGUCGGGCAAUCUACGAUUACAUGUCGAAAGUUCCAGGAGAUCUGUCUUUCAAGAAGGGUGACAUUGUCGUCCUUCGAAAAAAGAUUGACAACAACUGGUGUUUCGGGGAAAGUGCCAAUAGUCAUGGAGUUUUCCCUCUGUCCUACGUUCAGGUAAUGACACCACUGACCCCACAUGUUCCUCAGUGCAAAGCUUUGUAUGAUUUUAGAAUGACUAACGAUGAUGAAGAUGGAUGUCUUACGUUUAAUAAGGGCGAAGUGAUUAGCGUUAUUAGAAGAGUCGACGAAAACUGGGCCGAAGGGAAACUUUUAGACAGGAUUGGUAUUUUUCCAUUGGCCUUUGUAGAACUGAACAGCGUGGCAAGAGCACUAAUGAAACUUUCAACAAAUGUACAGCCAGGACCAUCGAGAGUAGCACCUCCUACUCCGACUAACGAAGAAACUACACCUCUGAUACCAACGGAUCAUUCGCGUAAUUUACAAACAAGCCAGCCACGACCUCAACUCGUACAAAACACAAUUUUACCGGUGUCCGACUCCGUUUCAAGCGUAUCGUCAGGAGGUAGUUCUUCGACUACCACUCCAAACACUCCCAACAGCUCUACUACGUCUAGCAGUUCUAGCACUGCUCCAAGCAGCCCCAGCAGUCCAGCUACGUCUCCUCCCGCAGUCGGAAAUAGACAUAACGCGAAGCGUCACAGUUUUACUGCUGUCAACACUGGCCAUCAACCUCAUCCAUAUCACAGACACAGCGCCGAAAUACUUGGCCCUCCGAUGGACAACGCUGUUGGCAGUGGUGGUUGCAGCAACGACACGUUCACUCCAGCGCAGACAAACAUCAACACGGGAGAUCAUAAUCCUCGACACAGGCGAAGUGGCAGCAGCGAUCUUGCGCUCGCACAAUUAUCGCAGACUUUGUCGACGACGGGAAACAGCCAUUUGCCAGCUGCGUACAUCGCUCUGUAUCCGUACAAGCCUCAGAAAGCAGAUGAACUCGAAUUGAGAAAAGGUGGAAUUUACAUGGUGACGGAACGUUGCCAAGAUGGAUGGUUCAAGGGAACUUCUAACCGUACACAAAAGUGCGGCGUUUUUCCUGGAAACUAUGUUGCGCCUGCCAAAUGUCAACGUGGUUUAUGCCGAGGAUCGCCGAAUACCGGGCAGCAUCAGAACUUUUCACUGUCGACCAGUCAAAACAACGAAUCACGGACUGUGACGUGUACCAAGAAUAAGGGACCCGCUCCACAACCAUAUAACGCGCGUACACUGUUACCACCAGAGUUGCCACCGCGUGCAAUCAGCCCGUCUUCUGCGGUGUCGUCGUCCUGGCACGGUCAAAGCCAAACGACGCAGAGUCAAGAAAACAGUCCGCCACGAUACAAUGAGCAAAAUUCGGCGAACCCCCUCGGACGCAGUCACAGUGCCGUCAUGUCAUCCAACAUUUCAUCUCCCGGGAAGCAAGUAACACAGUCGUCCAUCACGGUUGCCACCAGUGGUACCGCAGCGACUGGCGGUGCUUCCAACGUUGUGAACGAAACGAAUAAAAGUCCAAACAACAGUUUGCAUGCAGUGGCUUCUCCUUCGUCCGCCGCGUCUGUUCCAACUCCCAAGAAUACCGAGAAGCAGAAGGAGAAAAAGGAUAAGUGUGUCUCUUUAAUGCGUCGACUGACAAAUAUUAAGAAAUCGAAAUCACCGCCACCAACCACGUAUUCAAUGGAUAAUCCCGUGUUUGAUGAUGGUAACUCGAUCAAUCCCGUCCAUGUUCGAUCGGGAUCUUGCCCAAGUCAAUUGCUACAAGCGGGAGCUACGCAGGAAUUAAAUGCUUCAAACAACCACCAUCGUUUGUGUCCAGGCACUGUGCAGGGGCACGUCACCUCUUCACAAAGACUUAAAUACAAGGAGAGACCAUCGAUACCGGUCUCACUCCUCCAAAGAUCAAACGAAUCAGGAGUGGCGUGUACACCAAUGGGUAAUCAUCAUCGUAAGAGUAAUUCUUUAGACGCUGGCAUGGGAAAACAAACGAAACAGCAACCUACUCGCGAACGAGAACGAGUGUAUAGAUUUCGUUGCAUCGUACCUUAUCCACCCAACAGCGAGUUUGAAUUGGAACUCCGAGUGGGGGACAUUAUCUAUGUACACAAAAAGCGCGACGACGGCUGGUACAAGGGCACUCUACAAAGAACCGGUCGUACCGGUCUCUUUCCGGCGAGCUUCGUCGAAGCGUUCUGAGAUACAGCGCAAAACUGUCUGGUAUUAGAGACCUGUAUAUAAUUCCGAAAAGUCCGUGGUGACGUGUUCCGAGUCACUUUUCAAGUUUACUAUAAUUAUUAUCGGUACGAGGUAAGUGUACGAUCUAAAUCGGAAAUCUAAGCUACGGUAGCAACAAUGCAAUACUGAACGAUGCAUUGAACGUGUACUUGUAUAUUACGUACAACUGAUUUAGGUAUCAAUCAGUAGCCGAUUUCGCUCGUAAUUACGACAUAAGGGACUUUUUUUUAAUCGUACAAUUAAUUGAAUAUGAAAUUGUCCAAAGUGGAUACUGCCAUUGAUCUUGUAUUUAAAAUAAUAAUUAAACGCAGCAAGUAAGAGAUUACACCGAUACUGCCAUUUGAACAAGAA